CACCGCCACAACGCCGAGCCGAAGCCUGCAGCGCCGCCGCUGGGAUCUUUCUCCUCAAGCGCGUGUUCAGUUCAUCCCGAGAUCCGCUUCAUGGAGGCCGUGCUCCUCUUGCCUCAGGUCCGGCCGAGGCUCGAGGCCGACGGCGUCCUUGGCGGCCGCCGGAGACAACGGAGACGACGCCCCAGCUCUCCCCAGCUCCGCGAUGACGCGGUGGGCCUUCUUGGUGCUGCUGCUGGCGCCGCUGGCCGCGGCGGACCUGGAGGUGAUGGCGCAGUGGGGGCUGCUGGACUUCGCGGCGCCCUUCAACUUCCCGGGCAGCGACGGCGCCUCGGCGGCGUCCUGGGUCUUCACGGGCUUCGAGGUGGGCUGGGACAAGAUCUACCUGUCCAUCCCCCGCUUCCAGCCCGGCCUGCCCGCCACCGUGGGCUGGAUCCCCAGGCCGGCCGCCGGAGGGCUCGCCGAGUCCCCUAAGAUCCAGGCGUUCCCCAGCUGGGACUGGCACGUAGCAGCCGCCUCGGGCAACGCCAAGGCGAACAACUGCUCCGGCCUGGUGUCGGUGUUCCGGGUCCGCGCGGACAGGUGCAACCGGCUGUGGGUCCUGGACUCCGGCGUGUCCGACACCCUCGCCACCUUCAACGUGGACUGCCCGCCCAAGCUCCUCGUCUUCGACAUGGCCACCGACAGGCUGCUGCGGGUCGUGGUGUUCCCCCAGGCCGUGCUCCGCCUCAACUCGCUGCUCACCAACUUCGUGAUCGACGACCUGCACCAAGGCGCGCCCUCCUCGCCCGGGUCCUGCGACAACGCCUUCGUCUACCUGUCCGACACGACGGCGCCCGGGCUGGUGGUGUACGACGUGCAGAGGGACUCGGCCUGGAGGAUCUCGCACCCGUCCAUGUUCCCCAGCCCCGACCACGGCACCUACCGGGUGGCCGGCGAGUCCUUCACGCUGAUGGACGGGCUCAUCGGUCUGGCGCUGUCCCCCGUGCUCAACGCCGCCGGCAUGGCCAAGGUGCUGUACUUCCAGCCCUUCGCGUCGGACCGCAUCUCGGCCGUGGCGACUGCGGCCCUGCAGACGCAGCCCAAGGACGACGGUGACCUCCCCGUCGCGCUGGUCGGCACCAAGUCGUCCCAGGCCGCGCCCCUCGCCGUCGACCCCCGCGACGGCGCGCUCAUCUUCAGCCCCGUGUCCGAGACCGCGGUGGCCGCGUGGGAGCCCCUCAGCAACCAACACAGGGUGCUGGCGUACAACCCCGCGCUGCUGCAGUUCGUGCUGGACCUGCGCGUGGCGGACCGCGACGCCGGCAACCUGUGGCUCAUCUCGACGCGCUUCCAGAAGUUCUUCCGGCGCACCGUCAACCCGCGCGAGGUCAACCUGCGCGUCAUGCGGAUCACGGCGUCGCAGGCCGACAUCCUCAACAACUCCGUCAUCUACAAGUAGGCCGCGUUUGCAGUGGAGCGCCACUUCCUCAGCGCGAACUCGCAGCGAGCCAAAAUGAAGUUGUCGUCGCGGACCGAACCGCGCCAAGUGCGUGGUCCGGCCCGACGCUUUGCGGCGCUUGCGCUUGCCACGGCCGGUCCAUGAACUAGGACCGCCAGGCCGGCAGACUGAUUCCGAGAGUUGUUUUCGUCGCUCUGUCUCUCUGGCACCUAACGGAACGCUCCUUGAGUGCGAGAGGGACAGAGUGGC